UUUAUCCAAUUAAUGAAUAAUUUCAAGCAUUAAACAGUUAAAAAAAAAGGAUUGAUUUCCAGAAAUAGGGAACAGAAAAUGGGUUUCAGAUUUUCAGUUGGAAUGCUUGUGGUGAUGGUGGCGGUGGUGGUGAUGGGGGUCGCCCUUAUCAAAUCCAAAACACAGCAAGCAUACCGCAAAUAUGCACACAAAGCAUCCGAGAUCACGACAUGUGCUGUCUCCUCGGUUGGUGUAUGUGCGGUCGGGCGGGGACGGUGGCGGCUGCGGCUCAUGGUGGUAGGGCUGCUCCUGGUUAUAGUGAUGAUGGCUGAGGUGACGGUGAUGGUAGGGCUCAUGGUGAGUGUGGUGGUGAUCGGAGGGCUGGAUUUCAUGGUAGUGGUGCUGGUCAUCCGGUGGGUGGAAACCGUCGCCGUGGUGAUGGUGGUGGGUAUGAUGGUGGUCCGCCGGCUGCUGGAAAUCAUCGUCAUCGUCGUCGUGGUGGGGACCGGUCAUGUUUUCUUGUUUUUGAACAUAAAUAAGAGAACACAUCAAUCAGAAAUACCAAAUUAAAAAAGAAAACAAAGAAAAAACAUAUAAUAUAGAGAAAAUCAGGGA